CCCUCACAAGUCCGCUCCUGCAUUCCCCUCGGCUGUGGUUGACCGCUUAUUUGUUUCUGCAAACUGAUCAGCGUAAAAUCUGUACCAGCGGCCUUGUUCGUCGUAUAUUCCUCUUCUCACACCAUGCCUGAGCCUCGACGCUCGACACGCGCAGCGUCCGCGAAACCUGCGUCUCAGCCCGCUACGAAGGCUACCACGAAGCCAGUCGCUAAAGCUACCUCCAAAGUUGCUUCGAAGGCGGCGGUGAAACCAACUACACAGACUGCAGAGAAACCCGCGACAAAACUCGCUGCAAAGGCCGCCCCGAAACCCACUACACGCGGCCGGGCCACCACGAAGGUGGCAAAACGCGCUGCGUCACCCGAGAACAGCCCUCCUCCACCCCCCAAACGGGCGCGAGGUGCUCCGAAGAUAGUUGAAAAUGGCGUCAACCACGUAGACGAAUCUGAGCCCGCCGCCGUCCCCAAGGUCCGCAAGGCAUCUGUUCCUCCACCACGGAAGGUCGUAAAGCAGGUCAAGCCUUAUUUCAACCCUCUUCCCACUCCUCCGGAACAUGUUCGUCCUGCGCCGCAGAUGUUUGUAUGGGGCGCUGGCAACUUUGGUCAGUUUGGUAUGGGCGCAGACCUGCUUGACGAGUAUGACAAGCCGAAGAAAAACUUAUGGAUUGAGAAGAGAAUGCGAGAAGGCGUAUUCGGUGACGACGAAGCUAGUCUGGAAUCCGUUGCCGCUGGUGGCCUCCAUUCCCUGUUCGUAGAUGAGAAAGGGACUGUUUGGUCUUGUGGAGUCAAUGAUGAUGCCGCACUUGGGCGCGUCACAACCGACGUUCCCAACCCAGAAAAGGAGGGCGAAUUCCUUGAUGUAGACACCCUCACAGCAGAGCCGAAUCCUCUCCAGUCCCUCGUGGAUGAGAAUUUCCGCGCAGUGCGUAUAGCUGCUGGUGAUACAAUCUCCGCCGCUAUCAGUUCACAGGGUGAUUUGCGUGUCUGGGGAUCGUUCCGAGGCGUAGAAGGCGUUCUCGGAUUCUCAAGCGGCCAUCGCCAUCAAUUCCUGCCUGCAUCCAUCUUGGAGUUGAAGUCAAGACCUGGAGACGCAGAGAAGUUCUCCGGCCUUGCGGCCGGAAACAACCACCUUCUCGUCUUGACUACCCAUGGCAAUGUUUACACCUGGGGGGCUGGCGAACAGGGCCAGCUGGGGCGGAAAGUCCUCGAGCGCCGUAAAAUUCACGGCACAGUCCCUGAGAAGAUCGUUUUUGGUCACCGUUCGCUGAAGGCCGUUGUCGUUGGCGCUGGGAGUUACUCUUCGUUUGCUGUUGACGAAAGCGGAGACGUCUGGGGCUGGGGUCUCAAUAGCAUGGGCCAGACGGGAACUGGAUUCAUGACCAACUCAGCGGACGCCGAGGUGCAGACCCCGAAGAAGGUCAUUGGGCUUGACAAGACAACCCUGAACGGCGCCACAGUCGUGCAGAUCGCAGGCGGGGAGCACCAUACGCUCUUCCUCACGUCCGUGGGAAGAGUAUAUGCGUGCGGUCGCUCCGAGGGCGGCCAACUUGGGCUUGCCGAUGACGACGUCGCAUUCCAAGAUCGCGAGUUUCCAGACAUGCUUGCUAAGCCGGCCAUCAUCACAUUCCCAGAUGCCGACGAUCCCGUGGUUCACAUUUCGGCUGGAAUUCACAACAAUGUCGCCAUUACGAAGGGUGGUGCACUCUAUACAUGGGGCACUGGCCCGCAGGGUGAGCUCGGUGUUGGUGAUGAGACCGAGGCUCGGAUUCCAACAGUGGUGGUUCGAAGAGAAGGUGGUUCUUGGGCUGCCGUCACAGCAUCGUGUGGUGGCCAACAUACACUGGCGCUACUGAGGAGAAAAAAUUGAUUGUCAACCGAAAUUUUCAAUCGUAUACCUGCUGGCUAGAGUGGCACCAACCGAACUCCUGACUUGUACAGUCUUAUCUCUACCGUAUUGUAAUCCGCAGUUCUAUUCGAGUU